UCAAGAAGGCUGUGGAAUGAAUUUCAACUAGCUCCAACUUCAGAUCCCUGAGUAGCCCAGCAAAUAGGUCAGUUCAGUUUCAGCUGUUCGACUGUAAGGUUCUCUUGAAAGUUGUUUCAUUUUUCCUAUCAAGCUGUCACCACCAAGUUAUCCGAUGUCGUUGCCGCGUGUUUAUUUCGAUAUAGCCGCGGGAGGGGAAAAGGUCGGCAGAAUUGUGAUGGAACUACGUUCGGAUGUGGUGCCCAAAACGGCGGAGAACUUCCGGGCCCUCUGCACCGGAGAGAAGGGCUACGGCUACAAGGGAUCCCCCUUCCACCGCGUGAUCCCCAAUUUCAUGUGCCAGGGCGGUGAUUUCACCAAUCAAAACGGCACUGGCGGCCGCUCGAUCUAUGGCAACAAGUUUCCCGAUGAGAACUUCGAGCUAAAGCACACGGGAGCCGGUGUACUUUCGAUGGCCAAUGCUGGGGCCAAUACCAAUGGCUCCCAGUUCUUCAUUUGCACCGGAAAAACCACCUGGCUGGAUAACAAGCACGUCGUGUUCGGCAAAGUCGUUGAGGGAAUGGAGAUCGUCCAGAAGGUGGAGUCCUACGGUUCGCAGGAUGGAAAGACCAGCAAGAAGGUCAUCAUCGAAGAUUGCGGAGCCCUUUGAAGGGAGUCAAUACAUUAAAAUGCAUUGAUGUACUGUCAAUACUCUAAAAACACAACACUAAAAAUCCCAUUUUCCAAUAAUUGCAAAUAAAAGGGAGCAUAAAUAAAGGUA